AUUAGGUCACCCAUCAGACUUAGGGCUGACGACACGAAUAGUAUAUCCUGAUGGCAGUCGUGCAAUUUGGUUAAUUUUGCAAUUUGCCCACUUUCUGCACAGCCUAGACUGUGUGAUUGACAGGUCAGCGUUAAAAUGCUGGUGGCAGCGCAAGUAAAUAACGGCAACACGGGGUGUUAAUGAAGGGUCGCUUGUUUUAUUACAUGUUCAGUCCUCCUGAGAAAAAAAUCUCCCUUCUUUCGGGGUCGUUCCACCCUCUGCAAGGAGAUUAAAAUCGGUUUGUCACGGCCAGUGCUGUAGAUCGCCGUGAUUGCCCGACUUCCAAAUAUAGUAAGAAGGCAGGCGGAAUAAUCACCUUUUACAUAGCUGCCCAUAUCUAGACGGGCGCAAAGGGCUUUGGCGACUUUAAUAGCAUCGAUGUGAAGACCUUUAAUUUAGAGGGGGGAGAAAUGGCUUCUUCAAACGCGGAGUACGGGAGCGAUUCUGCCGCCGAGCUGUGGAGGUUGAUAGGCCCCGUCACCGAGCUCUCCAACAAACCGUGCCGGCUGAUCUACUCCGAGCUCGGCUACGACUCGGACGUGUGCCUCUUCCACACCAAGGGGGAGUUCCGGGCCAUGGACGCCCGGUGCGCGCACUCAGGAGGCCCACUGUGUGAGGGGGAUAUUGAAGAGGCAGACGGUGUCCUCCGGGUGACCUGUCCGUGGCACGACUAUGAUUUUAACGUCCGAACAGGGGCGUCCGAGACGGGCUUGCAGCAACGGGUGCACGAGGUGAAGGUGGAGGACGGGUCUGUGUUUGUAAAGCACCAGGGCCAGCUGUCCUUAAAACCCUUCCCUGUGACCUCCGAGGACUGACCCCUGCUGAGCUCUGCAGCGUCUCAGAGCCUCGAGAUCUGGAUGCUUGUUGAUGGAGGCAGCACUGAUGUUGCCAAACAACGAACAGCAGGCACCCAUUGAGACAUGACAUCACUGGCCAUGCAAGAGUGACAUCACUGGCCAUGCAAGAGUGACAUCACUGGCCAUGCAAGAGUGACAUCACUGGCCAUGCAAGAGUGACAUCACAGGCCAUGCAGUGAGUGUGCAGUGGGGCUGCAGGUCCAGAAUGUCUGCUGUCUCCCAGGUGAGGCUGCACUUCAGAAGAAGAUAGUGUGGAUGAAGAAUCCUUUCAUUACAAAAGAUUUCCUUUUCUGGGGGUCCCAUGGAAUGAAAAGCACUGAAGAAAUUAAAAUCAGUUGUCACGACUGGUGCCAAGGCACUAUAGUACUGUGUGUGCCAUCAGCAGCAACUUAUCAGUUCAGUAUGUGCUGCUGACACACAGUAGCUGAAGAGAACCUUCUUCAUCUUAACGGGAGCAAUUCAUCAAACUGGUACAGAGCCCUGAACUAUAGAGGGUGACUUUGGGAGGUUUGACAAAUAUGCCAGAACAAGAUUAUUUUUAUAUUGUAUUAAAUGUGUGACUUGGAAUGAAUUGUUAAAUGAAUUAUUGAAAGUUCCUCUUAAAUAAUCUGGACUUGAAUAGCCUUAACAAUUAAAGAUGAAAGCUGAAAUUCUAUGGCUGUCUGAAAUGAAAUACACAGUUGGUUGCUACGUCAAGCAGAACUCAUGUUUCUGGGCGUGCAGUUCCAUUCAUUCUUGUUCAUUUCGGCUGUAAAUAAGCCUCAUUUGGGCUCGUCGUGCUUAAUCCUCUCGCUGUGGGCUUCUGCCAGAUUUAAAAUCCCGCUGAAUCCUGGCCUAUCGAAAUACAUAGGGAUUGAGAAUGCUGGAGAGCAGAAAAUAGCUGUUGUGUGAAAGCAAUAUACUGUAUUACCACUCUAUACACGAGCACCCAAAGAAUAAGGCUACAUGGAUGGACCGUUUAGAAAUAGACCUAAAUGCUGGACAUUAUUUGUCAUAGGAACAGAAGGGAGUUUAAAAUAGGAUUUAACUGUGGUCAGCAAUAAAUCAUUAAUACUAUCUCAGCCUUCUGACACGUCUGCAAUUUUUGUCAUGCCAGGAAACUGUCUGAUUGCAUUGUGAUGGACACGUUUAUUUAGGGAGCAAGUUGAGAGAGUCCUGUCUAAUACAAUGAAGCACUUGUGGCACCACAGAGCACAGGGAAAACAAUCUUGCAAUAUUCAAUCUCUUAAAAGCUUUUUUUCUGGUGUUGGGUAAUUUUAGUGAAAAAUAAAAAAAGGUCAGUAGCAUUUACACCAAAAUAAUAUCUGUGGCAGACUGUGACUGGCAGUAAUAAGGGAUUUUUCAGAAGAACUGGCAAGUCGAUCUGAAGGUCAUCCAAAAUGUUUCAAGAUCUUACAAGAAAUAACCAAAAAAAAACAAGUAUUUGGGAUCAACACUGGUUUCUCUGAAUUGUAUUGCUGGAUUGGUGAAAGGUGUCGGGUGUGACUGUGAAUCAUAAAUAAAAUUAGAGACGUGCAAUGAGUUAAUAUACAGUUUGGUGGUAAAACCGAAUGAUGUUAGUGCAGAUCAAUUUUCACGGGCAGGAUUUAAAAUGCAGAUGAACAAUUAGAACUGAGGAAUAUUUUGUUGGGCAGCACAGUGGGUUCUGGGCAAAUUGUCUCAGGUGUGAGACAUGUGUCUGUGUCUGUGACAACACAGGCUCUGGCACCCCUGCAACACUGCAUAGACAAGGUGGUCAGGAAAUGAAUGGAUGGAACAUUUAGUUUAUAAAUAUGUAUUGAUUUGUAAAGA